UGUUCAUCCGCCGCUCGUUUCUGGACUUCAUGAACGAAUUCGGUUCGAAUUUCAAGCGUAACGACCUACGGGAGAGCCAUACGAUCAAUGCUACGCGUCUGCGGAGGUUCACGCGUGUUUUCCGUGUAGAUCAGUCGCUUUCCAUCUGUUUGAGUUACUUGCUCGGUUCUGAAAGGCUUGAUCCGAGUGUGUAAGACCGAAAGCGGACCAGAGUGACGGUGCGUCCGGUCCCAUGUUGCAGCCGAACCAGGACGAACAUGCCCGCUCAAAAGAUCCGGUGAAAUACGGCGAACUGGUGAUUCUCGGGUAUAAUGGCUCCCUGCCAGGUGGAGACCGCGGUCGGAAGAGGAGUCGCUUUGCUCUUUACAAGAGGGCAAAAGCGAAUGGCGUCAAGCCAAGUGCUGUGCAUAUUCUCAGCAACCCACACGACAGCAAGGCGGUGAACAGCAGGGGUCAACACAGCAUCUCCUUCACUCUCUCCAGGAAUCAGACGGUGGUUGUGGAAUACUGCCAUGACAACCACACCGACAUGUUCCAAAUCGGUCGCUCCACAGAGAGUCCCAUUGACUUUGUGGUGACUGACACACCCGGAUGUUCAACGGAGGGUGAAGACACCUCAUCCGCCCCGAGCACCAUCUCUCGCUUCGCAUGCAGGGUGGUGUGUGACCGGAACCCUCCUUACACUGCCCGGAUCUAUGCUGCUGGAUUUGACUCCUCCAAAAACAUCUUCCUUGGGGAAAAAGCAACUAAAUGGAAGAACCCCGACGGUCACAUGGAUGGACUCACGACCAAUGGGGUGCUGGUGAUGCAUCCACAAGGUUUUCCAGAAAAUCCGAAGCAGGGACUGUGGAGAGAGAUCUCUGUGUGUGGGGAUGUCUACGCUCUCAGAGAAACCAGAUCCGGUCCUAUCAGAGGACAACUGGCCCAGGGCGAGAGCAGCGCGCUGCAGGACGGCUCUCUCGUGGACCUCUGUGGUGCCACUCUCCUGUGGCGCACCGCUGAAGGUUUGCUCAAAGCACCAACUCUGCGACACCUGGACGCCUUGCGACUUGAGCUGAACGCCGCUCGGCCACAGUGUCCCGUGGGUCUGAGCACGCUGGCCUUCCCCAGCCUCCCCCGAAGUCACAGUCUGGAGGAACGUCAACCGUGGGCGUACCUCGCCUGCGGCCACGUCCACGGCCGGCACGACUGGGGCCAACGGCCGGAGCGUCACCGCGAGCGAGAGGAAGGGGCCUGCGGAGGUACCGGUGGCCGUCGGGAGUGCCCUCUCUGUCGGACAGUCGGGCCUUACGUUCCGCUAUGGCUGGGCUGUGAGCCGGCCAUCUACGUGGACGCGGGCGCCCCCACUCACGCCUUUGUGCCCUGCGGCCAUGUGUGCUCAGAGAAGACGGACAGGUAUUGGGCGGAGACUCCGCUGCCUCACGGGACCCACGCCUUCCGACCCACAUGCCCUUUCUGCUCUGCCCCGCUGUCAGGCAGUCCUGGGUACACGCGGCUCAUCUUCCAGGGUCCUAUCGAUUGAUGAAGUGGCCAAAGGAGGGGGUUGAAGGGGGCUGGAGUUUCUCUAGGGGCUAUGUUGCUAACUGUAACACCUUACACUGACGGUUCAUGCACACUUUUUAUUAUUUCCAUUGCUAGAAUACACGUGCACAAGUAGCUCACAUUGGGGAAUUAUGCUGCCUUCAAGUCAAGUUGAACUGGUCGCAUUUACAAGACAUGUGCACAUGUAUGGCAUCCAAAUGUCCUCAUUCCUAGUAGUCGUGGGUUCAGGUUGUAGUCCAAAAAACCUUUUUCCAAAAAGGUUUUUGAACUUGAGUAAAAUAUGGUCUGAGGUAAACAUUACUUGACACGUAGUUACAGCCAUACCUCAAACAUGAAUUUUGAAGCCGCCUAGUAAUUCAGUACGACUUCAGAAUUCACAUAGGAAAAUAAAACCUAUAGGAAAUUCCAGAGGGAACCCUUGGCGAAUUAGACUUCUGGGUUCGCCUACAAACUGACCUCAUGGCUGAACAUCUCUAUUGACCUGUAUAGUUUCAGCCCAGUUGUUAUCAAAGUAUGUAAUUUCUGCAUCAAUGAUCAGAAUUGCAGAAAUUAACUUCUGAAUACGCCCCCCAUCAGCCGUUGGUCAAACAAAGAGAUAGUCCCGCCCCCAACUCACGCCAUUGGUUGAGUAGUGUUGUUGUGGCGGGGUCAUAAGCGGGGCGCUCAAAACAAACUGAGCAAUUUUCAAAGCACAACAGAGACACCGUGUUUACGUUUUUUUGAGAAAAUGAACCUAUGAAUUGUUCAGCAUUUGCUGAGAUUUUUACAAUGUAAAAAAAUGGACAAUAUAUCAGAAAUGUUCCGAAAUUAAUCAGAAUCUAAUCGAAAUCAGACUGUAUUGAUAAUGAGCCCUAAUAUUGAUUUUUAAAGGUUAACGAGGCGACGGGCAUGCACGGGCGAACUAAGUUUCCCAUCAUUCUCAAUGGCAGCAUGAAAAUGCCAAAAAGACACAAAGCAAAUUAAACCACUCAUGCUUCAUUUUGUUGCACUAAAGCGAAAAAGAAGCAAAAAAGAGAGAAGAAUAUGAAAUUGUCCACACUUUUGUUUUAUUAUGACCAAAAUCUCUUUUUGUGCGCAUCACGCCAUAAUUAUGACAUCAGAACAACGAAGGACUUGAAGGCAGCAUUCGUUUUGAAUACAGCUCAAGGGCCCAAGAGUGGCAUCUUGGCGGUGCUGGGGCUUGAACCCCCGACCUUCUGGUCAGUCUGGAGCCUUAACCGCUGAGCCUCCACUGCCCCAGAUUCCCGGCCCCUUUCCGCCCCCUCUACGGCCACUUCAAAUGCUUUCUCAGUACAUGACCUGAGACCGUACCAAUCUCACAGCACACACGCUAGAAAGUACAGAAUCCUUACGAACACUUCAGCAAUAAACACGGUAGAAUCAACUGGAGAGAUGCAAACGGUUCGAGCCAUGUACUUCCCUUAACCUUCGCUCAAACAUGGCUGAACCUGGUCAGGGGCUUUGCCAGGUCAUGAGUCAUUUAGCCCUUGUGAUUUAUUGAUUUGUAUUGGGGGUUUUUACCUUUUAUUUUUGGGAUUCUUCUGAUUUAUUUUAGCUUAUAAAUGACAGUCCAAGUUGUAGCUGCAAUAUAUAUACCGUAGUCGUUUUGAAAUCGUCAAGAUGUCAUAUUUUUCUACAUGACUGUGUUACUAAACUUUGACCCAAGGUCAGACUGUUUUCUAUACGAGUGUUUCACAUAUAGCAGUAUAUAUAGAUUAUAUAUAUUAUUUUAAGUAUACGAUAUGAUUUGAGUCCAGGAGAGUUUACCGAAGACAGAAUGCCCACUGUGCCAACUACCAAGACAACAUCUGACCACAGGCACUCGAUCUAAUGACCAACAUGAUGAAUGUACAAUUCCAGUGCAUAGUUGCCGUUUUAAACCUCCCUGGUGCUAUUGUUGAUUUGCAACAAUUCUCUUAUUUUUAGCUGAAUUUACUGCACUCCUGUAAAUCUUUGAUUGUUUCACUUAAAAAGGCGAACUCUUAAUACUAACUUUCAUCAGUAACAUAAUAAAUAUGAUGCAGUGCUCAACAGAUCAGGAGUUCUUGUACAUUUGAAAUAUGAAAAUAUAAGAUACGAACUAACUGAAUAUACACUGACGAGUUAAAACAUUAUGACCACUUGCCUAAUGUGCUGUUGCUCCCCUGUGUGCCGCCAAAACAGCGCCAUGAGUCAUGGACACUACAAGACACCUGAAGGUGUCCUGUGGUAUCGGACACCAAGAUGUUAGAAGCAGAUCCUUCAAGUCCUGUAAGAUGCGAGGUGGAGCCACCGUGGAUGGUAAAUGGUCUGCACUUGUAUAGUGCCUUUUUUAACAUUAGAGGUUACCAAAGCGCUUUAUACUGUGUCCCAUUCACCCAUUCAUACACUAAUAGUGGCAGAGUUGCCAUGCAAGGUGCUAGUCUGCCAUUGGGAGCAACUUGGGGUUCAGUGUCUUGCCCAAGGACACUUCAGCACAUGGGAGUCAUGUGGGCCGGGAAUCGAACCUGCGAUUAGCAGGCGACCCGCUCUUCUACCUGAGCCACAGCCGCCACGUCGGACUUGAUGGUCCAGCACAUCCCACAGAUGCUCAAUCGGAUUGAGAUCUGGGGAAUUUGGAGGCCAGGGCAACACCUUGAACUCAAGUUCCCGAACAAUGUGUGCCAUGUGGCAAGGUGCAUUAUCCUGCUGAAAGAGGCCACUGCCAUCAGGGAAUACCAUUGCCAUGAAGGGGUGUACCUGGUCUGCCACUAUGUUUAGGUAGGUGGCACGUAUCAACUUGACUUCCAAGUGAAUGGCCGGACCCAGGGUAUCCCUGCCACAAGAUGUAAAAGAAAACGGGACUCGUCGGACCAGGCAUCCUCCUUCCACUGCUCCAAGGUCCAGUUCCGACACUCGCGUACCCAUUGUAGGCACUUCCGACGGUGGACAGGGGUCAUCGUGGGUGUUGUUGUGACACAUUCCUCCCGUAACCAUCAUUCAAAUCUUUGUGACUUGUGCCACAGGAGACCUUAAUAAUAAUAAUUCCUUACAUUUAUAUAGCGCUUUUCUAGGCACUCAAAGCGCUUCACAUAGCAUAUGGAUGAUGCGACGGCAGCCAUAGUGUGCCAGAACGCACACCACACACCAGCUAUUGGUGGGGAGGAGAGAGUAGAGUGAUGUAGCCAAUUCAGGGAUGGAGAUUAAUACGAGGCCAUGAUAGAUAGGGGCCAAUGGGGAGAAUUUGGGCCAGGACACUGGGGUUACACCCCUACUCUUUACAAGAAGUGUCCUGGGAUUUUUAAUGACCAUAUAGAGUCAGGACAUCUCAUCUGAAGGACGGUGACUUUUUACAGUAUAGUGUCCCUAUCUCUAUACUGGGGCAUUAGGACCCACACGGACCGUAGGGUGAGCACCCCCUGCUGGCCUCCCUAAUACCACUUCCAGCAGCAACCUUGGUUUUCCCCAGGAGGUCUCCCAUCCAGGUACUGGCCAGGCUCAACCCUGCUUCGCUUUAGUAGGCAACCAGGCAAGAGCUGCAGGGUGAUAUGGCUGCGACCUUCUGUCGGUUUAGACCAGACGGGAUAGUCUUUGUUGCCCUCGCACAUCCAUGAACCUUGGGCGCCCAAACCCUGUUGCCGGUUUCUGCUUUGUCCCUCCUCGGACCAAUCUCGGUAGGUACUCGCCACCGCUGACCGGGAACACCCCACGCGCCUUACCGUUUCAGAGAUGCUCUGACCCGGUCAUCUGAUCAUAACAAUCUGGCCCUUGUCAAAGUCGCUCAGGUCUUUACUCCUGCCCAUUUCUCCUGCAUUCAACACAUUAACUACGAGAACUGAUUGUUCGCAUACCAUCUACCCAGACCUUGACACCUGGCCUUCAUAGGAGAUGAUCAACGUUAUUCGCUUCACCUGUGAGUGCUCAUAAUGUUUUGGCUCAUCAGUGUACACGAUCCGAUAAGCAUUAUAUAAUUAGUGGAGCUUGUUAAGGCAAGUUAUUGUUAUUGAGAAAAGUGAUAUCAAAAAUGACACCAACUCAAAUAUUGCCUGCACCCCUUGCACUGUGCAUCUCUGAGCAUUAUAAGCUAAGCACUUGACAAAGCUUUCAAUUGCAGGGUUUAGACAUAAAACUCGACUUUACCUCACAAGCUAUAGAAGAGACCUCAGUUUAAGACCGUAUUUUUUUUUUGACUUCCCUUUGACUUCAUCAGAUGCAAUGCUUGGUUUAGCCUGAGCUCGAUUGUGCCAUUUAAGCAUGUUGACUCCCUACGUGCAAAUGUGAAAACAUGACUCGAGUAGUUCUCUGAGAUUGAAAAACAGGUCAUUGAAAGUCUGUGUGUGUUAAUGUAGAAACAGACAUUAGAAUCUAUGCUUCAAAUUGACUUUUUGUGGCGUCUCGUAGCAGCAACUCUCGCGUUUAGAGACAGUUUUUACGUCUUCCGAACAACCUCCAAUGCUGUUCCACUUCCACUCUUGACCCACCAAGGGUGUUUGACAUUUCUCGGCCCAUGCACACUGGCAUCGGGUCACCUCAGGUUUACACUAGUCAAAGUUUACAAGUGUUCCAGGGUCUGUUUCCACUGUUAGCCGGGUUAGAACCGUAGUGUGCGUGUGCCUGUAUCUGUUCACUAAUGGUCGACCGAUAUGGCAUUGCUAGGGGGCGUUACCGAAAAACACUGAACUUACUUUACCCAAUAUUUAAUCUAAAAUGUUGCCAGUAGAUUUUGUAACUAAGUGGAAUGACUGACUACUGUUAGUCGUCAACUCUUUAUUGGCUGACACGAUGAUGAUCUCAAAAUGGACUAAUAUCGUCUGAAUAAUCGCCCUGGCCAAUAUAUCGGUCCAUCGCUAGUCUCCGUCGACAGGGUUUUUCUCUCUCAGAGGUCAACGGGAAUGGGCAUGUCCAGUGCAAAUCCAAGAGGCACAACCUUUCGCUAGUGGUUCAGUAUUGUGUCUGCUUUGAAAUGAGUUUUUUUGUGAUCUUGACUAGACCUUGGAAACUACAGACCAUUGUAUUCAUGCUGAGGGACUGUAAUUGCUUUAUAGGACUUUUGUUUAAUGUUCUGGAUAAAAAGUCCCACACUGGAUGGUAUGAAUCUCUGAAAACUCUUGACAGUACCGCCGCUCCCUAGAAGCAGAAUAUGCAGUCUGCGUAGGGCACCGACUCCCUAGAGGGGCACCAGAAAGUCCACCAGCUGCCCUUCCUUGCACGUUAUACGUUAUUCGAGGACCCGAAAGCAGCUGCGGAACACAGAUGACCGUCCACCUGGAACUCUGCGUAGGGCAUCAAUUUGGCCAGCGGCGGGCGGGCGGGCAUGCUUGUUGAUAAUGGAUAUGUGAUUGAUCAGUUGUCAAUUGUUUGCGUUGCGUUUGAAUGAGAUGUGAAGCACCUUGUGUUUGACCCAUUUAAUAAAACAUCUAUCUCAGACAAGAAUCAUGACCUUUGAACUUACCACUGCUACAUUUCACUCAAACCCAGGGUGCACAGACAAUCACAAAUCAUGAUAUAAAUAAAAUGUAUCUUUUCAAUAUACAUGCAUAGUGAUUUCAUUUGAAUUAUGCAACACAAAUAUAAAGUGCUACAUUUGAAUUCACUGAAACUGGUGGGUGAUUGUAAUGGUUAACCAAUAGAGGGCACUGUUGUCAUGACGACCGUUACAUCACUUUACCAUUCUGUCAACUGUUGGAUGCUAAAACAUGAAUGUGGUUUAUACCCUUAAAAGCUCUUGGAGGCUGUAAAAUUUGGGUAUUUCAAAAGUCUAUGAAUGACGUUUUGGCUCCCUGUUGUCAUGGACAACCUGGAAAUAUCAGUUUUAAAAUGGGAAUUUCCAGGCCUGGAAAAAAAUUAUAAUGGCAAAUAGUGAAAUCUUAAAGUCAUGGAAACUAAUACAUUUUUCAAGAUGCAUUAUUUAAAAUAUUGAAUUGUUUAGAAAUCACUCCUCAUGAGUACGGACUUAAAAUGACCUAUUCUGGAAAAAACUAUUCUACAAAUAAACCAGUAGAGCUAUCUUGGAUUUCUGAUGGGAAUGAAAACGAGGUUUAGUUACUUGAUAGACUUAUUACCAUCUCUUUAAUGACAUGCGCUGAAUAAAGCUAUCAAAAGCUCCUAGGUCACAUCUCAUCUUCCAGAACUCAUGUUGUCUGGAGUUUUUCCCUGAUCGUGUAACGGGAGCCAGUUGGUAGGUAGUUGUGCAGUGUGACCUCUGACUGAUGCUAGAAGCUGUAGCCUUACGCCGCCUCCUCGUUAACUCCCAUGCCGGAGACUCCGGUUCGAAUCCCGCUUGAAGCGGGUUCAAGCAGGACCAGUUACAAUAGCACAUAUAGCACAUCUACCAGACAUCUUUUUGAUGCGUGCGUUACCAUCUGGAGGAAGUAUUUUUAAGGUUGUUUGCUCAUCUGCAAUACGUCUAGAAGACGUUUGCUUUCGGUUGUCAAGAAGACAUUCAGCAGAUGUCUUUGAGACGUUUAUGAUUGAGAAUGUCAAAAAAUCUCCCAAUUCCCAAUGUGGGGACUCGCCUCAAUCCGGGUGGUGGAGGACGAAUCUCAUUUGCCUCCGCAUCUGAGACCGUCAAUCCGCGCAUCUUAUCACGUUGUUUGUUGUGUGCGUUACCAUGGAGACGUAGCGUCUGUGGAGGCUUCAUGCUAUUCUCCGCAGCAUCCACACACAACUCACCACAUGCCCCACCGAGAGCGAGAACCACAUUAUAGUGACCACGAGGAGGUUACCCCAUGUGACUCUACCCUCCCUAGCAACCGGGCCAAUUUGGUUGCUAAGGAGACCUGACUGGAGUCACUCACCACACGCCCCACCGAGAGCGAGAACCACAUAAUGACCACGAGGAGGUUACCGCAUGUGACUCUACCCUCCCUAGCAACCGGGCCAAUUUGGUUGCUAAGGAGACCUGACUGGAGUCACUCACCACACGCCCCACCGGGAGCGAGAACCACAUUAUAGCGAUCACGAGGAGGUUACCCCAUGUGACUCUACCCUCCCUUAGCAACCGGGCCAAUUUGGUUGCUAAGGAGACCUGACUGGUGUCACUCAGCACACCCUGGAUUCAAACUCACGACUCCAGGUGUGAUAGUCAGCGUCAAUACUUGCUGAGAUACCCAGACCCCCUUCCAGUUCGCUGUCCUUUUCUGCAUAUCGUGGUGCCGUUUUGUGGUCCGUUCUGCAUAAAGUGACGGCACAUUGCAGCCCAUUCGGCACGUUUCGCGGCCGCUCAGUUCUCCCAAAGGACAUUCCGCCCCUGAUCAGCCUAAAAGUGUGUCGGCCCACCGGGAAAAUGCCUGGUAUGCCCGAUUACCAGUCCAGCCCUGCAGACGCGGUGCAUGUCUGAAGGGCGAUAAGGGGGAAGGUAUUCUUACUGUUGCAGUGUAACAACUUUGACAUACUCCACAGAAUUCGUUGAUACAGAACAUUUAAAAUGUUGUAAAAAUGUUCACAAUGUUUGGAUAAUAGUAACGCACAAACUUACUAUAUGAUGUCUAUUUGAAUAUCUAUUAUGUUCACAUUAAACAUUAUUAAAGACACAUUAAUAUCGAUCCAAUAUAGCAAAGAAACAGUUCAGCGUCUCUUUUGUCUUGCUUUUUUACCAGGGUCAGAAAUGAACAAGGGCUCGGGCUGGGGUGCACUGGGAAGAGAAAUCGGCCCUGGAUUUUAAAUAAAAACCGGCCCAAAUGUUGUAGAGUGGGUUUAUGCCGUUCGGCCCUGUUUCGCGGCCGACCCUCCCGGAAAAGUCCCGGUUCUCCAUACGGCCAGUCCACCCCUGGCUCAGGGCAAAACAUCU